GUCCGCUCGUCCGCUGGGGGAGUCCUCGGCGCAGCGACGCCCGUGCCACAUCGGCGGAGCGGCGGACUUUCAAUCGGCCAUCGGCACAGUUGAUCCCCCGCUGACGCCCGAUCUUCCGGCGCUUCGCUUACCGUCAUGAGCUCGUCCGCCGAGUCCCUCACGCACAAGUGGCUCCGGCACAACAUACAGUCAUAUGCCCACAGCGACACCGUCUACGCACACGUCGGCACCGCCCUCGCCCGCCACCCGUCGGUGAGACCAAAGACCGACGUCUACACCUACGACGACGGCCGGACACAGCUUCUGCUAUGCCUCCACGGUCUCCUCCCCAUCUCGUACCGUGGCACUGCAUACAACAUCCCGAUCGCCCUCUGGAUAACUAGGGACUACCCGCGUCAGCCACCGAUUGCCUAUGUCGUGCCUACAAGCGACAUGCUCGUGCGCCCCAGCAAACACGUCGACGUCAGCGGGAGAUGCGAGAUCGACUACAUUGGCAACUGGGCCAGGAAAAGCGAGGGCUGCAACAUUUUGGCGCUGCUCGAAGCCUUGCAAGACCAAUUUUCUCGUGAGCCGCCGGUAUACGCGAAGCCCAGAACAGAUGCUUCGUCUCCAGCUGCGCGGACCCAGUCUUCCCGCCCAGAUACCACCGGUCCCAACUACUCAGCGCGCCCUCCACCGCCUCUACCGGGAACACGCCCUCCGCAACAGCCCCAGACCCAGUCUGUGCCAGCGACGAUGCCGAAGAAUGACGAUCCGCCCCCGUUACCCUCCAAGCCCAGCAUCGCUUCACCUCUCAACCCCGUGUCCACGGCAGUUGCUGUCGCUGGACCAUCAGUGGAUGUCCGCGUGCAGUCAGCUGGCGUAACGCCGUCGCCCGCCUUCGCUACCCGCCCACCGCCGCCAUUGCCGCCGCAUCCACCACGCGACUCCGAGCUUCCCCAGUAUAGAAACAUUCAGGGGCCGCCGCAAUACACCGCCGCAGACCGUCCGAUUUCGAACCCGACGCCUGCGUCGGCGCAGCAGGCAGGAUUAGCAAAUCGAACUACGCGGACACUGAACCCACCGAUCGAUCCCAGUCAUGCGCCGCGGUACGCUUCUCCCCCGGUGACACCUCACGCGUCGACGCGUCCUCUUGUCCACGCGGCUCCAACACCGUACGGCCCAACACCUCCGCCUCCGCCAGUUCCUACGUCUCCUCGGAUCUCACAACCGCAGCCACUGCAGCCACCUGUGCUUCUGCCCCCGCCAUUCAUAUCUCCUCAGCCUACCGGUGCUGUACACGUCAAUGGCCCACAUGGACCACCGCAGCCACCGAUGCCUCCUCCUCCGCCACCACACGCUAAUUCUGCGCCAGCGCCAGUGUCACACCAGCCACCGUCUAUACCUCCGCCUGAUCUGUUAGAUGCUGAAGAUGACUCAGUCUCAUCUAUCGCGCCGGCGUCUCAAGCCCCUGCCCCACCACGCCCGCCCAACCCGGAACUCGCCCGCCUGCACGACCAGGUGCACGCGAAGCUGUCGUCGGAGCUCGCAUCGCUGACUCAGGCGAUGGCGCUCGACGGCGAGCGGCUGCGCGCCCACCAGAACGACCUGCUCGCGGGAGAACCGGCCGUCCGCGACGAGAUGGCGCGCCUGGAGGCGGUCCGGGACGUGUGCCAGGGCGUCAGCGCGCGCGUCGAAGCCGUCGUGGAAGGCGCGGAGCGGAAUGUGGCUGAACUCAAGCGCAAGGGCGACCCGGACGUCGACGAGCUCGUCUGUGCCACCACGAUCGUCCACAACCAGCUGAUCAAUCUCGUGGCGGAAGACAAUGCCAUCGAAGAUACGAUAUACCAUCUUCACAGGGCCCUGAACGCCGGGCGCAUAGAUCUCGAACGUUUCCUACGGACGGCGCGCAGCCUGGCCGAAGAACAAUUCAUGAAGCGGGCGUUAACGGAGAAGAUUCUGGCCGGGGUGCCGAUGCGGGGCUUUGCCAUGUCCAUGCGCCCCGAGUGGUCGUAGUGAGGGGACGAGAGGGGGCCCGUUUAAGCGUCGCAGUGUUCGUCGCCGUACAGCUUGCCUGCUCGCACAGCAUAUCCUAGGAUGUGGCGUCCGCUUAGUGGUGGAUGCUCUAGACCGCCCCC